UUUUUCAAACUAAAAAAGUGCGUGGUGUGUGUUUUUUUGGGAGCUUUGUCCAAUAACGCUCCUUACGCCGGUCACACAGCACAUCACGAACAUACGCAACAGAUAACAAAAACACGCACGUUAUAUGCCUACGUUGUCCCUUGGAUAUUUAGCAACACCCGUCUCUCUAGAAGCGUAUGUACAUGCUAGUCCUUAUGAGAUACCACCCUCGACGGUACUGUCUAUAGUUGGCUUUGGCCCUACUUCAUCGUCAUCACUGCCCGUCAACAUGCUACCAGCCAUUGCGAGAUUCAUUCUUGUUGUCGAACCAACCGCAACCGUGGCCGAGAAAGAGACCUUUGCACUACUACAUGAGUCUCUCAAUACCAGUAGCUAUGCUAUCAUCCCCUUGCCAUCCCGACACGUGGGAAUACUAUUACCACCACCACGACACGAACAACAACAGCACCAGCAUGGAUACGAGCAGCAGCAGCCGCAGUAUCAAUUCAUACUGCAGAUAUCGCAGAUUCCCUGUUCUUCACAAGCAGCAGCAACAGUGGCAAAUGGCCAAAUGCCCACAUUCGACUUGGAAUACCUCAAACAGCUUCCACUCCAGGUCAUGGAAUUAUGCCAAAACCGCCAAGAGGAACAGCUUCGCAUGGUUGCACGCGGAAUCUACAAGACAGCGGCGGUGUAUGGAUAUUGGGAUCUCUGGUUGGUGCUUGAAGGAAUAUGCACGCGUUUCCAGAUCAAUCCACAGCAGUUGAUCCAAUGAGUGGAAACCGUUGCAGCAGUAGCACUAGUGGUACAAGCAAUUCCCCACUAACCGUCCAACCAUCCAACUCGCGAGAUAACAAACAUGCCCCACCCAUUCAUUAACCUGUUUGGGCAGUCGUUACCCCAUCAUUGACAACUCCCCCUCCCUUCGUACACCCCUCCACCCCACCUCCUCCCCCCCCCGACCCCAAGUUCUCGCGCGAAGGCUUUAAUUUUCGCAGAUGAUAGCGUACAUUUUGUUGCUGGGUUUACAACAAAGAAAAUAAUUAAAACUUGCGUCAUUGCUGAUGAACUACUUUCCGGGACUAUUAGCGUAAUUGUCACUUACUACACAUUCACUCACUCACUCACUCACU